AUGUGCAAUGGUUCAUCAAAACAGUUUUCCAUUUCUUAUGUGCAUUUAUUGAGGUCGAGGAUAAUUGAUUACAGGUUUGUUAAAUUUAUUUUCUGAAUAAAGGCUUCAUUCUUAGGAUAACUAAACAAAGCUCAUCAUUCACGGGGAAAAAUCAUUACGAAGUUCUUGGCGUCAACAAAAACGCGACGUUGAAAGAAAUCAAAACCGCCUUUUACGAAAAAUCGAAGCUAGUAGGUAUUGAAGAAGAAGAAGUUUUUAUUAUCUAACCAGUUUCAAGUUGCAUCCUGAUAACUCCAACGAGAAGUCGUCAACUGAAUUUGUCGAGCUAAAAACUGCUUACGAUAUUCUGAGGUUUUCCGCAGCCAUUUUUUGAUUUCGGAAACAGAAGUUUCAGAAGACCUGCCGAUCGUCGGCUGUACGACCACCAGCUGAGAAAUGGUUUUGAAGCGAUUCGGCGGGAUUUCCGACAUCCUUACUCAGGUUUUCGAAGGGCGGAACCUCAGUACGACUUCUCGCGGUUCGAAUUUCAAUGCGCUCAUUAUUUCACCCCUUUUCAAAGUGUUUUUUUCUAUCCAUCGAGAAAGUAUAAUAUUGAACCAGUCGUUUCAGAGAUUGGGGGAAGCACUGGCGGGAGCAUCAGAGCGAGAACAUGCGCGAUUCCGACCACGCUAAGCGAAACGAGAAGUUUUGGAAGACGAUCUUGAUGUGGACAGCGUUCGGCGUCGUCGUCGUUGUUGCCUACAACGUUGGCUAUCUGUUUUCAAGAGUUCCGUUUUCAAAAUCAGCUCCAUAUUUUAGAAUGAUGUUGAAACGGCGCGAGAAGGAGCUCUCGAUGCUGGUUGACGAAGAGGAGAUCGCCAAGUCUUUCCUGCGGCAGAAAGAGUUCCGAGAUGCCAAUUUGGACAGUGCCGAGGUUUUUUUUUCAACUUAUAGUCUGUGUGCCACGACUUGAAAUUUCACGGAACGACAUUCCGCUCUUCCGCUGCGUGCGUUCGCGAAGCGUGUUUCGAAUCUAGGUCACGCUUUCAAUAAAUUGUUAUUGCUGUUGGAGCACAUAAAAGUAGAGUACCUUGAUAAAAGGAAAAAAAAAUUAAUAGCGCGACAGGCUAUAAUACAUCGUAAAAGUAAAGUGAGGUCACUAUAAAUAUGGAAAAAAAACUGACUGUUCCAGGUGGAAUCGCUAGCUCGUCUCCUGAAAGCGGAUAUUGAUGAGGCAUGGCGAAAUCGUUGCGAGCUUAUGGCGACGCGAAAUCGGGACGAAAUACGAGAAGAAUAUAGGUCAGUGUUGUGUUGGAGUAGCAGGUUUUUCGGUAUUUUUAAUUAUCCAGAAUAUUCUCUAACUCUGCAAAGUUACUCGAAGUCUUCUUUUUUUCCAUAAACAGACGCUUCAAAGUUUCAUUCGAACGAACGCUAUCUCUGGCGCAUUGACAAAUUUUUAAUGAAAAGGGGGUCAUCAUUUGUUAGAAGUUUAAGUUUUUUUACAAUUCUAUUUAGGUUGAGAUGCCUUUUUAUAAUUUUACUUUUUUUAUAAUUAUAUUUUCUACACGUUCGUAAUGAUCAUAACCGGCUUACACUCUCUCUGAACGUCUAGUUAAAGACUCCUUAUAGUCGCUACCUGCGAAAAAUUCUAGUUUCUAAGAUAUUAAUUUUUGAAGUACGCGCUCAAAUUUAGACCCCACGAGAAGGUCAUUUUUCUUUGCGACUUGGAAUUUUUCUAAAAAUUGCUCAAAUAAUCUCUGAAGGUAUUUAUGAGGAUCCAUCAAAGUCGCAUCCCGUGCCAGUUCCUAGUUUUCGAGAUAAUUGAUAUUGAAGGUCGAGAAGUUAGGCCUAAAACUUAUACUUCGCAACUUUGAAAAAUCAUAUCUCAAAAGUUAGAAGUUUGCGCAGAUAGCUUAGCCACUAUGUGGCAUCUUCAUAUAGAUAUUUGAAGAGUGUUUAAGCAAAUUUAUAAAAAAAAAACCUCCCUUGUUAGGAUACUAUUUAGUUUCGUCUAGAUUUAAAAAAAAGUUUGUGGAUGAAGAUGAGGAUUCAGAUGGUUCCGAGCGGUUCAAGACCUGGACCACACUCGUCGGAUCCAAUCCGCAAGGAUCUCCAAGCGGAGACAAGAACGCGAUAAAUGGCGAAAAACUAACGACGAUGAAAAAGCAGAAGAUGAACCGGCUUCUUGA